AUCAGUUAGUAUAUUAAUAAGCGAAGCCCACCACUUCUCUCUCUCUCUCUCUCUCUCUCUCCAGUUUCCUUUUCCUCACCAUGGAUUCAACUCCAGCUGAAGAAAUACUCCACGAUUUUCCAUCCCACGUUCGAGUUUACAAAGAUGGCAGAGUAGUACGAUUCAAAGGCACGGAUACUGUCCCUCCCUCAACCAAUCCCGACACCGGCGUCCAAUCCAAAGAUGUCGUAAUCGAUCCAGAGACUGGUUUAUCUGCCAGGCUCUACAUCCCCAACAACCCACUUCACAACAAGCUUCCUAUUCUAGUCUACUUCCAUGGCGGAGGCUUCUGCACCGAAACCGCCUUCACUCCCACAUACCAUAACUAUCUCAAUUCACUUGUGGCCGAAGCCAGUGUCGUUGUCGUCUCUGUCGAUUACAGAAGAGCCCCUGAGCACCCUCUCCCAAUCGCUUACGAUGAUUCUUGGGCCGCUGUCAAGUGGGUUGCUUCUCACUCCUCGGCUGGUGGUGGUGAGAUAUGGCUAAAGGAGUAUGUUGAUUUUGAUCGGGUAUUCUUUGCAGGAGAUAGCGCAGGGGGUAACAUAGCACACAACAUGGGAAUUCGGGUCGGAUCGCAUGGGCUGGAUGGUGUGAAGUUUGUUGGGAUGGUUUUAAUCCAUCCAUUUCUUGGAGGGAAAAGUCCAAUUGGUUCUGAAGGUAGUAAUAGUGAGAUAAUUAAUAGUGAGCUAAUUAUUGGGAAAGAGGUUGUUGAUAAAUUAUGGCUCUUUGUGUCCCCGUCGUCUAGCGGGUCUGAUGACCCUUUAAUUAAUCCGGUUGUGGAUCCAAAGUUUUCAAGCCUGGUUUGUGACAAGGUGUUGGUAUGUGUAGCUGAGAAAGAUUUUUUUAAAGAUAGGGGUUGGUAUUACAAGGAGGAAUUGGGGAAGAGUGGGUGGGGAGGAGUGGUGGAGAUUAUGGAGGUUGCAGGGAAGGACCAUGUGUUCCACUUGAUCAAACCGAUUUGUGAAAAUGCUGUGGCUAUGCUCAAACGAGUGGCUUGUUUCUUGAAUGAGAACAAUGCCUAGUUCUUUGUGUUGUGC